ACUAGCACUCUCUCCCUCCCUCCAUACAUGCUUUGUCCAGGGUUACGUGCGGAAUGUCAAAUUAUUUAGCUUGACUCUCCCGAAGAAAGUCUACGCCCUCUGCACCAUAUUUCCUGCACACACACUUGAAAAAGAUUUUAAAACGAAGAAGAAGCUGAUCAAAGGAAGAUUUCAAAGUUAGGAGCGUUCCAUGAUCUUUCUCGAGGCUAUAUAAGAAGAGAGAUGAUCCUUUCACGUACGUUUUCAACCAUUUUUUUCUUCUAUUUUGUGUGAGAGAGAGAGAGAGGAAACGAGAGAGAACAAAAGCGACUCUUGCAAAUCUCAUGAACUGUGGAAUCGUGUUGGGCUUCUAUUGCUGGAGUUGGGAGUUCUUAACGGCCCUUCUUCUCUUCUCCUCUGAUCAUCUCCUUCGUCCUUAUUAAUCACCUUCUUCUUCUCGCUUCAUCUUCUCUCCCUCUCCCGGCUCGCGAACUGUGAAGAGAGACACGUCGAGAGGUGACUACAGUUAUCGGUAUCGUCGUCAUGGAGGCGAACGCCGAUUUUAUUUCCGAGAAGAAGGGCCUGCUGCUGGAGUACGUGAGGAAGUCGACGCCCCCGCCGUUCCUGCUCAAGACGUACAUGCUCGUGGAGGACCCGGCGACGGAUGACGUGAUAUCGUGGAAUGCUGACGGCACCGCCUUCGUCGUCUGGCAGCCGGCCGAGUUUGCGAGAGAUCUCCUCCCGACGCUCUUCAAGCACAGCAACUUCUCCAGCUUCGUGAGGCAGCUCAACACUUAUGGUUUUCGCAAAAUAGCGACAAGCCGAUGGGAGUUCUGCAACGACAUGUUCCGAAAGGGGGAGAGAGAGCUGCUCUGCGAGAUCCGCCGCAGGAAGGCGUGGGCCAACAAGCCGCGUUCGAACCCUUCAACGCAAGCUCAUCAAGACAACAACCACAAUCACUCCUCCGACGAAGACCAAAGGUCGUCGUCGACCUCCUCCUCCUCCGAGUACAGCAAUCUCAUCCACGAGAACAAGCGGCUCAAGAAGGAAAACGGGGCCUUGAGCUCCGAGCUCACCGGCAUGAAGUACAAGUGCAAGGAGCUCCUCGAGCUCGUCGCGAAAUACACGCGGCACGAGGACGGAGACGGCGAGGAGGAGGAGGAAGAGAAGGGAAACAACAAUGGCGGCGAAGGGCUGAAGUUGUUUGGCGUGAGAUUGGAGGUUAAGGGAGAUCAGAGAGGGGAAAGGAAGAGAAAAGGUGCACGCAUUAGGGAGAGCGCAGGCAUUUUGCUUUCUCAGUCAUGCAAGUAAUGAUAAUCGAAAGGAUAUAUUAUCGCGUUAGAGAAUAGUGAAAAAUAAUUAUUCAGGAAAAAAAUGAAAGAGGCCACUAUGAUUUUAAGGAAAAAAAGAAAUAGUGGCCCUAAGUGGUUUUUUAUUUUAUUUUAUAUAAUGUAUAUAUCGAUACGCGAAUGCGAAAGUAGUUCGUGGAUCAAGGUAGAUGUGUAACUUUCUACGGCUUCAAAUUGAAUAUUAGAAUAAUUUUAUC